AAAACCAUCACGGCAAUUGAUCAGAGACACAUCUCCUCUUUGGUAAUACCAUUUCAGUCCACCUUUUACCGCUGUCCGUUUCCUGGUCACUGUCCUAGUCGUCAUCGUCCCACAAAAUACGCACUUGACGCGCACGGACCAACACUGAGCAAGCUCCAUUGAUAAUAUCAAGGAAUCAUCUCAAUCCACUUGCUUUGGGCCACCCAUGCGUAUAAAAUGCAGACGAGGUAUAUGGAAAGGACUAAUUCGAUGAAAGGGAGAGGGAAAAGGAGCUUGGAAAGUGGUGGGGAUGAAGAACAGGAGCCGGAGAGGAAAAGGCCUGCUUUAGCUAGUGUUAUUGUGGAAGCUCUAAAGGUGGAUAGUCUCCAGAAACUUUGCUCAUCCUUGGAGCCAAUUCUUCGGAGAGUGGUUAGUGAAGAAGUUGAACGAGCAUUGGCUAAGCUAGGCCCUGCUAAGCUAAACGGGAGGGCAUCUCCUAGAAGAAUCGAAGGGCCGGAUGGGAGAAACUUGCAGCUUCACUUUAAAACCCGGCUUUCUCAACCACUGUACACUGGGGCAAAAGUGGAGGGUGAACAGGGUGCAGCUAUACAUGUUGUACUAAUUGAUGCCAACACGGGUCAUGUUGUAACAUCUGGACCUGAAUCUUUUGUGAAGCUGGAUGUUGUAGUGCUCGAAGGCGACUUCAAUAAUGAAGACGAGGAAGGGUGGAACCAGGAAGAGUUUGAAAGCCAUGUUGUGAAAGAGCGAGAGGGAAAAAGACCUCUUUUGACUGGGGAUUUGCAAGUCACACUCAAAGAAGGGGUUGGAACUCUCGGAGAUCUUACAUUCACAGAUAAUUCAAGUUGGAUAAGGACCCGAAAGUUCAGGAUGGGUUUGAAGGUUGCAUCUGGGUACUGUGAGGGAAUACGCAUUCGUGAAGCAAAGACAGAAGCUUUUAGUGUCAGAGAUCAUCGUGGGGAAUUGUACAAGAAACAUUACCCACCCGCUCUGACUGAUGAAGUAUGGAGAUUGGAGAAAAUUGGAAAGGAUGGAUCAUUUCACAAAAGGCUUAAUAAGUCCGGCAUUUUUACUGUCGAGGACUUCCUUCGCCUUGUUGUCAGAGACUCACAAAAGCUGAGGAAUAUACUUGGGAGCGGCAUGUCAAAUAAGAUGUGGGAUGCCCUCAUAGAACAUGCUAAAACCUGUGUCUUGGGUGGGAAGCUUUAUGUAUAUUAUCCUGAUGAUUCGAGACACAUGGGUGUCGUUUUCAACAACAUUUACGAGCUGAGUGGACUGAUAUCUAAUGAUCAAUAUUUUUCAGCAGACUCACUGUCUGAAGACCAGAAGGUAUAUGUCGAUGCCUGGGUGAAGAAAGCAUACGAUAAUUGGAGUCAAGUUAUAGAGUAUGAUGGAAAAUCACUAUUGAAUUCCAAGCAGAACAAAAAGUCGAGCACAUCUAGAGACGAUCUUCCAUUAGGUCCGGUCACAUAUAUUAAUUCUGUCGACAACCAUCUUCCGCCACAGAGCUUGCACGAUUCGAUACCCUCCAAUCUCCCAAUGGAUCACAACAUGCUAACUGGAGGUUCAGGUUACGGCAAUAGCAUCACUUCGACAUACUCUAUCCAGUCCCAGUUGAUAAGUUCCAACCCGCACGCUCAAGUUGAUAUCGCCUCGUUCGCUCAGCAUAAUCCGCAAGACAACAAUCCAAACCAGUUCCAAAGCAAUGCAUAUAGCAAUCGGUUUGGCCUUGCCCUCGGCCCUCCUCAAACAUCGGCGUCAUUCCAAAUCGGGGGCUCUUCUCUUCCACAGCCAAAUCACAACCCUUUCGAGGAGUGGCCUAGCAACCGAGAGAAUGGCGUUGACGAAUUGUUGUCGGAGGAGGAAAUUCGCAUUCGGAGUCAUGAGAUACUCGAGAAUGAAGACAUGCAGCACUUGCUCCGGCUUUUCAGCAUGGGCGGCGGCGGCGGAAAUCAUGCCUCCGUUAACAUGCCGGAUGAUGGCUUCGGUUUUCCUUCUUACAUUGCGUCGCCUGCUCCCGGUUUCAGCUACAACGAGGAUCGAACCCGCUCUGGGAAGGCUGUUGUCGGCUGGCUUAAAAUCAAAGCUGCGAUGCGGUGGGGCAUAUUCAUCAGGAAGAAAGCAGCCGAGAGGAGGGCACAGAUUGUCGAACUAGAAGAUGAAUAGAAUACUAUUCUUACCAAUAAAUGACCUCCCAAAAAUGUCUUACUUGACCGGAGGAUUAUGUCAGCUGACGAAUGGGCGCGAUAUGGAAAUCCUCGGUAGCUACAAAGAUCCUUUUUUUACUGUUUAAUGAAACUUGGAUACUCUGGUACAGUAGGUGGCUUUGAACUUGGUUAUCGACUUGAUUGCUUACUAUCCGCCGGACAUAUCAUUUUUAUAACUUACCAAUUGCUUUACGUUAUUUAGGACAGGACCGAGAGUGCGACCGGUGUAAAGUAUGUAAUCUCCUGUACGUUGGAUUUGUGAUUUAUAGGUAUGUUUUCACCUC